CGUUGCUGUGCAUGCUGGGAGGACAGAGCCAUCAUGGCCGCCACGGAGAAGAACACCAAAGAGAAGCUGCUGUCUGUGCUGGAUGAUUUGGAGGUGUUGUCCAGAGAGCUGAUAGAAUUAUUGGCGCUUUCAAGAAGUCAGAAAUUAGCUCAACCUGGAGAAGAAAAUCAAAUUUUGGAGUUAUUAAUUCAGAAGGAUGGAGAGUUUCAGGAACUCAUGAAGGUUGCUUUCAGUCAAGGCAAGGUUCACCAAGAAAUGCAGCUCCUGGAAAAGGAGGUGGAGAAAAGGGACAGUGAUAUCCAGCAGCUGCAAAAACAGCUAAAGGAGGCUGAGCACAUUCUGGCAACAGCAGUUUACCAGGCAAAAGAAAAACUGAAGUCCAUUGAAAAAGCAAGAAAAGGUUCAAUCUCAUCUGAAGAAUUGAUUAAGUAUGCCCAUCGGAUUAGUGCAAGUAACGCAGUGUGCGCUCCUAUGACGUGGGUUCCAGGGGAUCCUCGUCGGCCCUACCCCACAGAUCUUGAAAUGAGGAGUGGCUUGUUGGGACAGAUGAGUAACCUCCCUACAAAUGGUGUCAAUGGUCAUUUACCAGGGGAUGCCUUGGCAGCUGGCAGACUUCCAGAUGUCCUGGCUCCACAAUAUCCAUGGCAGUCCAAUGAUAUUUCAAUGAAUAUGCUACCUCCAAACCACAGCAAUGACUUCCUAAUGGAAUCUUUAGGGCCCAACAAGGAGAAUGAAGAUGAUGUGGAAGUAAUGUCGACCGAUUCCUCCAGUAGUAGCAGUGACUCUGACUAAAAAUUUGUAUUUAUCAUCCAGCUCUCAAAGCGGAACAUGGAAGCCAAACAUCCCUAAUAUGAUGAGGUGUACCUACUUUUUUUUUUUCACUAGAGCCUGGACUCAUCCAUACAUCCCUUUUUAAACUGAAGAUAUGUCUACUUUUGGUGGACUAUAUUGUUGGGAUAUAAACAGAAUACAGGUGUGUGCAUAGAGA